AUGGGUCAGGCAGGGCAAACAGGUCAGCCCGCCACCCUUCCAGGAACAGUCUACAGUGCUGCACCUGGCACUGCCGCAUUUGCCACCAACUACGGCAGUGCUCCUGGAACAAUGUAUGGGCCUGGUACGAUCAUGGAGCCCAUUGCUGUGCCAGGCGGUGGCUUGGGCGCCCCUGCCACUGUCUACGGCGCACCUCCCACUGCCUAUGGUGCCCCACCAGGCGCCAUGUAUGCGGCCCCUGCGACUGCCUACGGUGCGCCAUCCACCUAUGCUGCCCCUGCGACAACCUAUGGUGCUGAAGCCACCUACGCUGCUCCUACUGGAACUUAUGCAGCUCCCACCUAUGCUGCGCCUGCAGCUGCAGAGGGCACUUAUGCAGCUCCCACCUAUGCUGCCCCGGCUGCCACCGAAGGGACCUACGCGGCUCCAACCUAUGCUGCCCCUGCUGCCACUGAGGGGACUUAUGCAGCUCCGACCUAUGCUGCCCCAGCUGAAGGGACCUACGCGGCUCCAACCUAUGCUGCCCCAGCUGCCACCGAGGGGACUUAUGCAGCUCCGACCUAUGCUGCUCCAGCCGCCACCGAGGGGAUGUAUGCAGCUCCGACCUACGCUGCGCCAGCAGGUACUUAUGCCGCCCCUAUGUACGCUGCUCCUGCUGGCACGGCACCGGCUGAGACUAUCGGAACGGAGGGUUCCACCACUGAAAUGCCAACGUACGCAGCUCCUGCUGAGCCUAUCCUGGCACAGGGUCCUGCCGGCACCUUCACCACCGAUCCACAGGGCAUGGGCACCACGAUGCAACCUCCACAGCCAAAGGUGCUUCCCACUGAGACCGUGAUGGGGCCUGUCACACAGGUAAAGGUACCUGCUGACGCCUUUGCGGACCAUGCCAAAGCUACCAUGACGCUGCACAAUGCGCAAAUGCAUGCGACUCGCGAGCAGGGCCAGCCUCAAUACAUCGCAGGUGUUGGCACCGAGGUGGAGGCACAGCCACAUGUCACCAUGCAGCGCCAAGAGCAAGUUGUGGCUGGUCAGGUGAAGCAGCAGAUCGUGGAGAUUCCGACCAUGCAAGAAGUGAUUGAAGAGCAAGAGGUUCCUGAGGUCCAGAUUGUGCAGAAGGUCGUGGAGGUUCCCCAAGUGGUGCAGCAGCCUGUGGAGCAAAUUGUGGAACAGGUUGUGCAGGUGCCUCAAGUCAUUGAGCAGAAGCGGGUGCAACAUCGCUCGAUUGAGCAGAUUGUUGAUGUUCCUAUUCCACAAGCAGUGGAGGAGAUUGUGCACAUUCCAGUGACCCAGACACAGGCUCGCCACCACCAUCAGCACGUUGAGCAGACCGUGGAGGUUCCUGUUCCAAUGAUGCAAGAGGAAGUUGUUCACGUGCCCAAGGUGGUUGUCCAGCAGCGUAUCCAGCAUCAGCAGGUGGAGCAGUUGGUCGAAGUGCCAGUGCCACAGAUUGAGGAGGAGAUCGUCCACGUUCCAGAAAUCAUUACGCAGCAGCGCGUGCAGCACGAGCAUGUCGAGCAAAUUGUGGAGGUGCCUGUGCCAAUGAUGGAGGAAGAGGUCGUUCACGUUCCAAAGAUCAUCACCCAGACUCGUGUCCAGCACCAGCAUGUUGAGCAGACCGUGGAAGUGCCAGUUCCCAUGAUGCAAGAGGAAGAGGUUCAGGUGCCCAAGAUCAUUACCCAGACUCGAGUGCAGCAUCAGCACGUUGAGCAGACAAUCGAGGUGCCUGUGCCUAUGACCCAAGAGGAAGUGGUUCACGUGCCCAAGAUCAUGACUCAGACUCGAGUUCAACAGCAGCAUGUGGAACAGACUGUGGAGGUGCCAAUUCCUAUGACACAAGAGGAAGUCGUCCAUGUGCCCAAGGUGAUUACGCACACUCGCAUGCAGCAGCAGCAGGUUGAACAGACCGUGGAGGUGCCAAUCCCAAUGACACAGGAGGAGGUCGUGCACGUUCCGAAAGUUGUGACCCAAACUCGACAGUUCCACCAGCAGGUUGAGCAGACUGUGGAGGUCCCAGUUCCCAUGCAGCAGGAAGAGGUUGUCCACGUGCCAAAGGUGAUCACUCAGCAGCGAGUCCAGCACCAGCAAGUGGAACAGACCGUGGAAGUUCCUGUUCCUAUGAUGCAGGAGCAGGUGGUGCACGUGCCCAAGGUGAUUCAGCAGGAACGCAUCUCCCACCAGCAUGUCGAGCAGGUGGUGGAGGUGCACGUGCCAAUGACCCAGGAGGAAGUUGUGCACGUGCCAAAAGUGAUGCAGCACGAACGCCAGCAUCACUUCCACGUCGAGGAAAUCGUCGAUGUGCCUGUGGAGCAGCAUGUUGAGCAAGUGGUCCACGUGCCUGUGGUAAACAAAGUGGAGCGAGUGGAGCACAAUCCUGUUGAGCUGACAGUUGAAGUGCCCCGCCCUGUUGUGAUCGAGAAGACCAUUGAGGUCCCCAAGAUUCAAAUUGAGGAGAGGACAAUCAAGGUACCUAAGGUCUUGAACACCACUGUCGACACAGUGGUCCAGAACCAAGUGGAAACCAUUGAGAUUGUCAAGCCAACUGUCGUUCACAAGGUGGUGCAGCGCAAGAAGCCUGUCAUCCAGGAGCAGGUUCAACAUGUGCCAAAGGUUAUGGUGCAGCAUGUUCCUGUCCAGAAGGUGGUCGAGAAGCAGGUACAUGUGCCCCAGAUUCAGUACAUUGACGAAGUCGUGGACGUGCCGGUUCAAAAGCACAGGCAAGUUCCAGUGCCAGUGAAGCAGCAGAAGCAUAUUGAGGUCCCUCAAGUGGAAUACGUGGACCAUCACAUCGAGAUCCCUGUGGCCAAGCACGUGCACGUGCCUCAUGUGCAGACAGUCCAGAAGACUGUGGAGGUUCCUCAGAUCCAGUAUGAGGACCAGAUUGUCCAAGUACCUGUGCAGAAGCACGUUCAGGUUCCAGUGGUUCAGAAGGUUCAGAAGACUGUCAAGGUGCCACAGAUCCAGUAUGAGGACCAGAUUGUCCAAGUGCCAGUGACCAAGCAGGUCCACGUACCCAUGGUGCAAAAGGUGCAGAAGACGGUUGAAGUCCCUCAGGUUCAGUACGAGGAUCAGGUGGUGCAGGUUCCUGUUACCAAACAGGUGCAUGUGCCAAUGAUCCAGAAGAUCCAAAAGCCAGUUGAAGUUCCUCAGAUUCAGUACGAGGACCAAAUUGUGCAGGUUCCAGUGGCAAAGCAAGUGCAUGUUCCCAUGGUGCAGACUGUGCAGAAGACCGUUGAAGUCCCACAAGUGCAGUAUGAAGACCAAGUCGUGCAUGUUCCUGUGGAGAAACCAGUGCACGUUCCUAUGAUCCAGACGGUGCAGAAGACGGUUGAGGUGCCACAAGUGCAGUACGAAGACCAGGUUGUGCACGUUCCUGUGGAGAAGCAGGUGCACGUGCCAAUGGUGCAGAAGGUGCAGAGGCCUGUCGAAGUGCCUCAAGUCCAGUACGAAGAUCAGGUUGUGCACGUGCCCGUCGAGAAACAGGUCCACGUGCCUAUGGUCCAGACUGUUCAGAGGCAGGUGGAAGUGCCGCAGAUCCAGUACGAGGACCAGGUUGUCCAGGUGCCUGUCCAGAAGCAGGUGCAGGUGCCGCACGUCCAAACCGUCCAGAAGACCGUGGAAAUCCCCCAGAUCGAGUAUGUGGACAAGGUCGUGCCAAUCCCAGUGGCGAAGCAAGUGCAGGUGCCCAUGGUGAACACUGUGCAAAGGACAGUUGAAGUGCCACAGAUUGAGUACAUUGACAAUCACGUCCACAUUCCCAUCCAAAAGCAUCGUCAUGUGCCAGUCCACAUUCCUGUGGAGAAGCCUGUUGAAGUGACCGUGAUCGAGACACUUCAGAAGAUUGUGGAUGUGCCUGUGGUGAAGCAGGUUGAAGUGCCACAGGUUCAGACCAUUGAGAAGAUCGUGGAGAUCCCUCUGGUGCAGACUGUUGAGAAAGUUGUGGAGGUGCCCAUGAUGGGCCAGACGACACAGGGCACCACCCGAGAGGUGGACAUCCCUUUGGCCCCAAGACGCGAGGAGCACCCUGCCCAGGUUGUGCAGCAGGUCAUUAUGGGCGAAGACCAUCCAGUGCAGGUUAUGGCAGCACAGGCGGCAUCUAUUGCACAGCCUGGCAUCAGUGUGAAUGCCUUAGAUUCUUACUCAGUGUUUCCUGACGGCCCUUAGAUCU